AUGUUCAAAUUCCUCAGCGGCCGAUCUGGCUCGCGCUCGCGCACCUCAUCCCCGCUAGGGAAGAAGGGCAUCAAGAUGACGAUCGACAUCCCGAGUUACGGAGGAGUCUUCAUGACACAACUUCGUGUCGAUGGAGACGACGGGCAAGGGCCGACAUUUGUUGACCGCGAGCUGUCGGGCGAACUCGAAAUCUGGCUGCCGAAGGGAUAUGGCAAGCGGCGUUGUCGUGCUAUCCGGAUGAAGCUCCGCAACGUCGCACGGCUCAACAUGGGGCCCGGAAGAGGAUGGGAGGAAGACUGUCUCUUCGAGCGCUCCACCGAGAUUAAAGGAGCCAUCGUUCUUGAGGAAGGGCUGCAGAGUGUCAACAUGCUGCUGCACGCGGAGAUCGAGGGUCUUCACGCCCCGCCAGCAACGCAGUCCGUGAUUACUGCGUUCUCGCCAAUGGGCUCGCGAACGGCAUCACCCGUCGCAACGCCGCGGCGCGGACGAUCACCAGUCGGCGGCGUAUCGACGAAUUCGAGUAGUGCCAACGGUUCAGCUGCAAACAGCGUGCACAUGCCGGACGACGACGGCAUCGAGGCACCAGUUCCGAACGCGAUCCAACCUUCCAUGACCGUCACCUGGUCCGAGCCGGUGACGCACACGGACGACGAGGUACAGUGGGUGAAGGGCACGCUGAGCACGAGCCGCACCGUCACGCUCUUGUACAACCCCGAGCCAAGCAACGGUGUCAGUAAGCUCGACGAAGGGCGGAGCGGCGACGUUCCGGGGCUCGGGGCUUUCAACUUCCACUUCACGUCCGAUACAUGGACCGUUUGCGCCGUCCUGCGUAUCAACCUCUCCAUCCCUUGCCCUGCACCAGCGACGACGAUCUACUUUGCGCGUGUACUGCUCGAGCAGCGGACGGACAUGAUCUCGCCGCGAGAUGACCCAGACUUUGCCGAGCCGAUAAUCAACAAGACCAACUUCCUAAUUUGGGAGAAGGGCAUCCGACCCCCGCCACAACGGCCAACGAGGGAUACGCCGGCGCUCUGGCGUGGUACCGAGGCGCAAGGUUUCGACAUCGGAGGGCUUACAACAAGUGGCGUCGGCCGGUUGCCGAACGACGAAACGGGCCGUCCGUCGACUUUGGAGGGCAUCAUCACGCCAAUCAAAGUGCGUCACCAGCUCAUCGCCGAAGUGUGGUACUCGGUGUAUGGCGAGGAUGUCGCCGGCAACCCCCUCGACACCCCCGGACAGGGUCAGCUCCGUAUGCUCCGCGUCGAGAAACCGGUCAUCGUCCCCUCAUGCGCGUUCAUCCCCGACGUCGUCGAGCUGCCGUCAUACGAGUCACACGCGUUCGAUACCGACCCAUGCCCGGUGUGCAAGCUGCGGCCAGAGGACCAGGCGUGCCGAACCUGCAUGCUCUCUUCAGUCCCGCACCCGCGGCACGAUCUCGACCCGACACGCUUCCCAGAGGGGGUGUGCCCCCGGUGCGAGAAGAAGUUCAUCACGGACGACAUUACGGGCAAGUGGGCUGACUGCGCUUGCGGACUGUCGCUGCAGCAGCUUGAGUCUCGUAUGGGCGCGAUCCUGCUGGACGACGGUCCUUCGCCGCCGCCGUCAGGCACACAGACGCCGAUGAAGGGGGAAGCUGAGCGUGAGCGUGAGCGUGGACGCCAGAGGUAG